UUUUUUUUUUUCAUCGAAAUUGUUAAUGAAACAUUUCCUCCUAUUCUUGGCUGUAAGGUGUCAAGCAAUUAUUCACUGCUGAUGAUGCAGCAGAAUUUAUUUAUCUAAGCCAAAACUUUUUCAGGCAUUAACUUCUCAUUGAUUUUUAUGUGAAUUGCGAGCAUGUCUACAAUGGAGGUGGACGAGGAACCUGUUGUGGAAAAGUCUGAUGAGAUUCCUUCCCAGCAAAAUGAAAUGAAAGAUGAGAGUAACAGUGGCCGCAGUGUGAUGGCUGGAGGUAUUCCUGGCAGUGUGUCCGUCUCUUUACAUCCUCUGGUGCUGCUCAAUGUUUCUGAUCAUUGGACCAGACAGCGAGCUCAGCAGUCCCAGGCUAAAGAUGUUUCUCAAUGCUCACAAGUUUAUGGAGCCAUCAUUGGCAAGCAGACUGGUAGAGAGGUCGAGAUUAUGAACUCCUUUGAGCUACAGUAUGAAGUGGUUGAUGGCUUGGUGGUUUUAUCUAAAGAAUAUUAUAGUCUCAAAGAAGAACAAUACAAGCAGGUGUUCAGUGACAUGGACCUCUUAGGCUGGUACACCACAGGCGGCGAGGCCAACGAGAAAGACGUCAAUGUUCAUAAGCAGGUUUGUGAAUUAGUUGAGGGGCCGCUGCUCCUGAAGCUGGACCCUUCAGGAGCUCGUGCUGGGGAACUUGGCGUUAGUGUGUUCGAGAGCGUCGUGGUGGGGGCAGGUACGACGGACUUGAUGCUGGUGCAGCUCACCUACACCCUCGCCACAGAGGAGGCCGAACGCGUCGGUGUUGACCACGUCGCAAGGAUGGCAUCACAACAGAGUGGACAGCAGAGUAAUGUGUCGGAUAACUUGCACGCGCAGUGCUCAGCUGUGCGCAUGCUAUUAUCGCGCAUCCAAGUGGUGCUGUCGUAUGUGGAGGCUGUAGAACGUGGCGAGCUUCCACUCGACCAACAGCUCAUGCGACAGAUCCGUUCCCUCACACACCGUCUACCUCUUCUUGAUAAUGAGACUUUCAAUGAACACUUCUUCACGCAAAGUAACGACGUGGCCCUGCUGGCGUAUUUGGGAGCCAUCACGAAGUCGUGCAAUUCCUGCAACAGGUUCCUGAACCGUUUCAACCUCUUGCACGAACGCCUUUCUCUUGGCCGCAAGAUGCGGGGCUUGUUCUUCUAAUCUUAACAAGUAGUACAUAGAACUGUUCAUAGGUUUACCAAUAAAUGAGUAAUGAAAAGC